AUGGUUCAGGACGGUCUGGCAACUCUAGAAAACUCAUCGUUUGAAUACUUUGACCCCGCUAUAUUCAAGUCGAGCAAGAUUGACUGGCUCUAUGACUGGGGUCAAACUAACAUCGCAGCGAACGAAGAAUUCCCAUUCUACGUCAUGCAGUGGAACGGCGGGGGCAUUGGAAAUCUUGCGUCCGCUGUCAGCUCGCAGAAGUCAACAGUCGUGCUCGGAUUUAACGAACCCGACAAUGCUGGACAGGCAAAUAUGAGCCCUGCAGACGCGGCUUCCUUGUGGAAGCAGUACAUCCAACCGCUGAAAGCUCAAGGAGUCAAAUUGGUAACUCCUGCCGUCACAAACGGCGGCUCCGGACUUGCCUGGAUGGAUCAGUUCUUUGGGAACUGCACUGGCUGUACCGCGGACGCUGUCGCGAUUCAUUGGUACGGAGGCUGGACUGGGGAUCUGGAACCCUUCGUGGAAUCUUUCGAGAAAUAUAACAAGCCCAUAUGGCUCACUGAGUUUGGCUUAUCCUGGAAUGCCGGAGCCGACAGCUACCAAGAGUUCUUACCCCUGGCUUUAGAUUACCUGGACAACAAUGCUAACGUCGAAAAGUAUGCAUUCUUCGGUGCAUUCUAUUCUGGAGGAGCCGAAGACAUGAUCAACGCUAACGGGACCCUAAACGCCUUGGGUCAGAUAUACGUCUCAUAA